AGGGUCGUUAAUCCUGACGAGCGGAGGAGCCCUCGGCGUCCGUCGUCAUCUAGUCGGCUCUCGGCGAAGUGGGUGACGGCGAUGCUCCCACUCGCUCCUACGGUGACCUACGCUCGGGUACCCAUGUAUGGCUCCGUCAGCCGGGAUCGUGGGCCUUGAGUUCCCGACGCCGGCGCGUCUCCCUCCAUGUGCCGCCCCCUGCCCUGGGCCGGGGAUGAAGGACGGCGGCCGGCGUUCAAAAGGCGAGAGGAGUUAGCGCCGAGGCGCAGUUGUGGUCUGCGCAGUCGCGCCGCGAAUUUCGAAUUGGCCGACGGAUCGAGCUGGCAAAUGGCCGACAUGAAUUACAGAUUUUACGAUCGCUAUCGAGUGUUUAACAAUCGUAGGCGGAGUCGCUUUCCUUAUCGAUUCUAUUGGGAAAAUUACUCGAGCUCGGUGCUGGCGAUCGUGCACGUGGACUACUGCCUGGACGACAACGGCGAUGAGCACCGUACCUCGCGCUACGACCUCAUGAACCGGGAGCAGAAGGAGGCGAGACUCGUCGUACGCCGGGGCCAGCCUUUCGUCCUCGAUCUUCAUCUAUCCCGUAAUUACGAUCCGGCCAUCGACGGCGUAUCCAUCGUAUUCACCCUCGAGGGUGUGAAGAAGCCCCAGUACGGACAGGGAACCCUCGUCGCCUCGGCGGUUCUCCAUCCGGGGGAGGUGUCCGACGGCGCCUGGCAGACCGUCGUCCAAGCCUUCGCCGAGAACUCGCUAAGGAUUAAGGUUACUCCUGCCGCGGAUGCUAUUAUCGGAAAAUGGAAUAUCGAAAUAGAUACAAAAAGAAGAGAUUCCGAAGGUGCUGUCAGUUUUACCGUUGACACUCCAUUUUAUCUCAUAUUAAAUCCUUGGUGUCGAGAUGACGUGGUUUAUCUGGAAAAUGAGGAGCAGCGACAAGAGUACGUUAUGGCCGAUUCGGGGUUGAUUUGGCGCGGGACGUGCAAUCGCAUGAGAUCGUCCGUCUGGAAAUUUGCGCAAUUCGAGCGCGACAUAUUGGAUUGCGCUCUAUACAUAAUGGCCGAGGUUGGGAAAGUACGAUUAUCCGCUCGCAAUGACCCCGUUGUCAUAUCUCGGGUCCUCUCCGCUGCUGUCAACUCUGCGGACGACUAUGGGGUUGUGAUGGGCAACUGGUCGGAGGACUUUGGGGGCGGAACACCGCCCUCACGUUGGCUCGGCUCGCAGAAGAUCCUCCAAGAGUAUUACGAGACGAGGAAGCCGGUGAAGUACGGGCAGUGCUGGGUGUUCGCGGGCGUCCUCGCGACCGUCUGCCGCACAAUCGGACUGCCUUGUCGCGUUGUCACCAAUUACUCCAGUGCCCAUGACACGCAGAGCAGCCUCACGGUCGAUUAUUUCGUAGACGACAAUGGCAAAGUCAUGGAGGAGCUCAACAGCGACUCGAUAUGGAACUUCCAUGUGUGGAACGAAGUGUGGAUGAAGAGAUUGGAUUUGACGGCCGAUUGUCACGGCUGGCAGGUGAUCGAUUCGACGCCGCAGGAAUUAAGCGAGAACGCUUAUCGCUUGGGACCCGCGUCCGUGGCGGCGAUUAAGAGGGCCGAGGUGCAUAAACCCUACGAUAAUGGCUUCGUUUUCGCGGAGGUCAAUGCCGAUAAAGUCUUCUGGAGAUAUAAUGGGCCCUCGCAGCCCUUGAAGCUAGUGGCGAAGGAUACUGACGGAGUUGGACAAAACAUUAGUACAAAAGCUGUUGGCUCGUGGGAACGGGAAGACAUCACGCACAUGUACAAAUAUUCAGAAAAGUCGGAAGAUGAGCGGGAUGCAAUGCUAAAGGCGUUACGCCAGAGCGAGUCCCUUUUCAGCCGAUAUUAUCUUAACGAGGAAUUCAACGACAUAUUGUUUAAUUUUGAGCUAAGGGAUGACAUUAUCAUUGGACAACCCUUUAGCGUUGUACUGACAAUAAGCAACGAGAGCCGCCUCGAGACGCACAAGGUCUCGGUAAUUCUGCGCGUGGAAACGGUGACGUAUACAGGCCGUACGGGCGACUCCGUGAAGAGGUCGGAGAACGAUCGCUACGUGAAGCCAGGCAGUAAGGACGAGGUACGAUUGGAGGUUUCUUGGGAGGAAUACGGUUCCAAGCUCCUCGAUCAAUCGGCCUUCAACAUCUCCUGCUUAGCGACCGUCAAGGACACCGACUACGAGUACUUUGCUCAGGACGACUUUCGCGUACGCAAACCCGACAUUAAGAUCAAGUUGGACAGCCAGCCGAUGCUCGGUGAGCUUUUCGAGGCGACGGCUAGUUUCGUCAAUCCCUUGCCGAUGGCCCUUAAGCGAGGGAGGUUCUUGGUCGAUGGCCCGGGCCUCAAAGAGCAGCUCAAGCUCAAGCUCACGCAGGACGUGGAGGUCGGAGCCGAGGCGCUCUGUCGAUUUUCAAUGACACCGGAGGUCGCCGGCAGAGCCACAAUCGCCGUCAAGUUUUACUCCAAGGAGCUCGACGACGUCGACGGCUUCAUCUACUUCUUCGUUAAGCACGGUUCUUACUAAGACUCCCUCCUUCCACUCUCCUGUUCUUCUUCGCUCUCCUCUCCAUCCAGGACCGUUGAUUCCACGGUUCCUA